UUUGUAGUUCCAGGAGGCACCACUGUCCUAGUGGAGCUCACCCCAGAUAUUCACAUUUGUGGCAUUUGCAAGCAGCAGUUCACUAACCUAGAUGCCUUUGUUGCUCAUAAGCAAAGCGGCUGCCAGCUGACCAGUGCAACUGGGACCACUAGUACUGUCCAGUUUGUCUCAGAAGAAACUGUGCCAUCAACACAGACUCAAACCACAACCAGAACAAUUACUUCAGAGACUCAGACCAUCACAGUUUCUGCUCCAGAGUUUGUUUUUGAGCAUGGGUACCAAACAUAUCUGCCCAGUGAGAGCCGUGAACCUCAGACUACGACUGUUGUAUCCCUAUCAUCGAAAACACGUUCCAGAAAAUCCACUACUGCAGUUACUCAAAAGAAACUGAACUGCUGCUAUCCAGGUUGCCAAUUUAAGACAUCGUAUGGUAUGAAAGAUGUGGAACGUCAUUUAAGAACACACACAGGAGAUAAGCCUCAUAAAUGUGAGGUGUGUAGCAAGUGCUUCAGUCGCAAAGAUAAGCUGAAGAUGCACAUGCGUUCCCAUACUGGCGUGAAACCUUACAAGUGUAAACAUUGUGACUAUGCAGCUGCUGACAACAGCAGUCUCAACAAGCACCAGCGCAUCCACUCAAAUGAGCGCCCUUUUAAAUGCCAGAUCUGUCCUUAUGCAAGCAGAAACUCUAGCCAACUUACUGUACAUCUCAGAUCCCAUACUGGAGAUGCUCCAUUUCAGUGUCGGAUGUGUAGUGCUAAAUUUAAAAUCAACUCUGACUUGAAGAGGCACAUGCGUGUGCACUCUGGAGAGAAGCCUUACAAGUGUGAGUUCUGUGACGUCCGCUGCGCCAUGAAAGGGAACCUGAAAUCGCACAUACGUAUCAAGCACAGCAUGGAGAACACACUCAAGUGUCCAGAGUGUGAGUUCCAAUGUGGAAACAAAACAAGCCUUCGGCAUCACUUAAGAACCCAUCAGCCUGAGCAGCCGGUGAAAUGCUUACAGUGCAAUUACUCUUGCUCUAACAAGGCAGCUCUCAAGGUGCAUGAGAGAAUUCACUGCGAUGAUCGCCCUUUCAAAUGUGACUUCUGUAGCUUUGAUACCAAACAGCGGAGCAAUCUGACCACGCACAUGAAGAAAGCCCAUGGUGACAAAGUCAAAACCAAAAAGGAAACUACUGAAAAGAAAGAUGGAGAUAAGCCAAAGCAAGGUAGCUCCAGGCAAGUAGCCAAAUUGGAUGCUAAGAAAGCAUUUAAAUGUGGCCUGUGUGAAGCUUCCUUUGUCCGAGAAGAUUCUCUGAGGAGCCAUAAGAAGCAGCACAGUGAAUAUAAUGGGACCAAAAAUACAGAAAUGGCUGUUUUGCAGCUCCACGUGGAUAGUAGGCCAACCAAUGCCCCAGUUACUGUACGUCACCUUCAAGUCCCAAUUCAAGCCACUCAGGUUUCUCCGUAUAAUGAAGGAAGAGUCAAGAUCAUUGUUGGCCAUCAAGUGCCUCAAGAUAAUAAAAUAGUUCAGGCUGCUUCAGUGAAUGUUAUGCCUCCCUCAUUAGUUGGCCAGAAUCAAGAAGACCUGUCUGCCACUAGCCAGUUGCAAAUAGUACGCCAGGUCAGUCUGCUGGCACCGCCUCAUCCCCCUGUUUCUCAAAGCGAAGCUGGGUCAGUCGGGCAGCCAGCAGUUCUGCUUACAGCCCAUGACCAAACUGACAAUGGUACUCUCCACCAGACUUUGAUUUCUGCUGCUCCAGACCAUGGUCACAGGGAUUCAUCAGGCCAGAUUUUCAUCAAUGAUUCUGGAAUCAGCUGCUCUGACUUGGAAGGUCUCAAUGCUUUGAUUCAAGAAGGGGCAACAGAUGAGGCUGUGGUUAGUGAUGGGGGUCAAAGUAUCUCUGUGUCUACUUCAGUUCCCCCUCCUCCCAUCUUUUCCUCAUCCUCUCACACCCAGGCACCUAAGCAGACCUACUCCAUCAUUCAAAGUGGAGCCCACACAGCUUCGCUGUGUCCUGCAGACGCCAUACUAGAUUAGUUAAACUAUUACUAUUGCAGUCCAGUUUCAUCCUGGAUCAUGCGUUGUUGUGAAGCCUUGAAGUCAGUGGGGUUCCAUGGCAUUUAAGGGAGGGCCACACUUUCAGGAGUCCAGAGAUUGGUCUCUAGUAUUCCAUUUGCAUCACUUUGCACAUGUACUCAUAUGUGGCAUUCACACACAAACAUGCAGUUACUUGCACAUGCAAUGAGGCUGUGCACAGUUACAUGUAUUGGAAACUAAAAGCAGCAGUCAUUGAAAAAUGUGAUUGUGAAUAUCAAAGCAACUAUUUAAAAAUUCACAUUUCAUAAAAGCUUCCAAGAGCAGGGUAUUUUUGGCGCAGCAAAUGUCUUAAACUAGUUAAUCAAAUGCAAAGAACAUCUCGCCUUAAGCUACUAUAAUGCCAUUCUCAUCCCAUGUGAAAAGUUUGAGUAAGAUGGUUUUGUGCAAGUGGAGACCCAUUAGCACCUGGGCAGCAUGUCCCAAAUUUCAUCCUGCAGGUUACAAUGGGGCCUACCCCAUUGCUAUGCUGUGCAUAUAAGUGGUAAUCAGGCAAAGCAUUUAGACGUGAAUUAGCUUCAUUGUUUUAAGUGGAACUACUCACAUGCGUAAAAUUGAACACAUGCUUCUGUGCUUUGCUGGAUUGGGGCUGUAAUAGAAGCAUCUUCUGGUGAAUCUGUUGGUUGCUAACAGUGGUUCUACUUUUUUGACUUUGCACAUAGUAUCAGUAAUUGCCCCAAAAUAAACAUCUGUUCAUUUUUUAUUAUUUUUUCAGAUGAUUCAGAUAUAAUUCUAAUAGAAUUUCAUAUGAUCUGAUGCUACUAUUUAGAUGAUAAAACAACGGUAUGUUAACCAACAUGAAGAAUUCGGCUUCAAGUCCUUUAAACUCUUAUGCAUUUGCUUAACUUCACUUGAAUAGCCCCACUGAAGUGGUUUGCAGGAUUGGGGUCUAAAUUUGUAAAUGUUGAUCUAUCUAAUAUCAUUUAGAAUCAGAACCAAACUAAUCAGAAUGAAUUGGAGUCAGAUUUUCCAAAAUGGUCAUCACAUGACAGCUCCUAACAUGACAGUUACCACCACACUUUUCUAAAGAACUCGGAGCCCUUCUGGCUGAGUUUUAAAAAAAAAAUCUGGGCACCAAAUUCACGGCAUAAAUGGGAGCGGAGAUCUUUUCAAUGUCUGAUCUCUUUAAGCUAAAUGGUGCAUUGAGGUCUAGAACCUGAGGUGAGGUCUGGUCGGUCAUCCAUUGAAGUUGAUCUAAGGAGCUCCAUUGACUUCAGUAGGAAUUGGAUCAGACCCUAGGCAGGCUGUUUUAGCUAAUAGACUUUAUCAUGCUUUCUGGAUUCCCAGAACUGUGCACAUCAUCAUGGCAUCACAACAUAUCCAUUCAGAAGUGACAGGUGAAUCGUAAACCUUUUUAAGGUAUUCUAAAAAUUGUGUUCCAGAUAAUUGUGUUAAUUUGGCAUGGACCCAUCACCUGGUCCUGGCUGACUGUUAGUCCCCAGGAAAUGCCCUGUUCCUCAACAUUGAUUUUGGGAUUCUGUCUGGAGAAUUGUGGUAAUUGCUAAUUACAGGAAACGUCUGUUGAAGUCAAUAGGAGUUGGGGGGGCGGUGGGGGCCCUUAAUACUUUGCGAGAGACGCUUAUGCAGAAUCAGGCUCCAGAGUAUUCCCUUAGAAUUAUAGAAUGCUGUCUGUGUGUUGGUUAUACUUUGUGUCAUAACAGACCUUUUAUGCAAAUCAUGUAUACAGCUCUGAUCUGUAUCACAAAGGUCCUUUUUUAAAAAAUACAAUAUAUUUUUCCAAAUA